GCGAGUCCCCACGUGUUGAACGUUGAUUGUCAACAAUCUAAGGCGCCAAACGUAUUGUUUGAUCCUUCAACGGCAGUUAGGCAUCAAACGAUUUUCAUUACCAAAAGAAAAAAAAAUAAAAUCCCAGGCAUUUGCUUCUUAUAUAUAAGUUCCAACAGUUUGGUUGCAUCCAUUUCCAACAUUCGAAUCUAUUUCUUGAUGAGUUUCAUUGUUCAUUUCAAAACCUUAGUUUCUUCCUUGAAAACCCUCAAAACUGAUUUAGUUUCUUCCUUGAAAACUCUCAAAACUGAUCAAAAGAACUAAUGGGAUACUGCAAGUUUUCUAAGUUCGAUUUGCUUUCCUUGAUCAUAGUUUUCUAUGUUGCACAUUCUGAAAACGAUGCUCAAAUCUUGAAUGAUCGUGCUUCACUUCUGUCGUUCAUGGCGGGCAUCGCUUACGACCCUGGGAACUCCUUAGAAAGCUGGAACGCCUCUGAUAUUCCGGUCUGCAAAUGGGCAGGUGUAGUGUGUGCAAUGAAUAGGAAUAGAGUGGUGGAGCUUAAUUUAAGUCACAAGUCGCUCCAUGGUUCUAUUUCACCAGCUCUUUUCAACCUUUCAGAGCUAAAAGUUCUUGAUUUGUCUGGAAACUUCUUGCAAGGCCGGAUUCCAGCUGAGCUAGGUUCUCUUUACCAGCUCAGAGGUCUCAGCUUAUCAUCCAAUCUUCUUGAUGGGGAGAUUCCAGCUGAAGUGGGAUUUCUAAAGCAAUUAGAAUAUCUUGAUCUUGGAAGUAACAAACUGGUUGGUGAAAUUCCUGUAUCACUUUUCUGUAAUGGUUCAGCUUCUUUAGAGUAUUUAGACCUUUCCAACAACUCACUUAGUGGUAAAGUUCCUUUGAAGAGUCAAUGUGAGCUUAGAAACCUUAGGUAUCUCCUUCUUUGGUCGAACCGUUUUGUGGGGGAAGUCCCUUUAGCCCUUUCAAACUCUUCAAAAUUGGAGUGGCUUGAACUAGGGUCGAAUCUGCUAACGGGAGAGUUACCUUCCAAGAUUUUGACAAAAAUGCCGUAUUUGAAGAUCCUGUACUUGUCCCACAACCUCUUCUCGAGUCAUAACGGUAACACUGACCUCAAACCUUUUUUUGCAUCCUUAGUUAAUUCCUCUAACUUGGAAGAAAUUGAGUUGGCUGGAAAUUACCUUGGAGGAGAGUUGCCUUCUAUUAUUGGUGAUCUCUCCACUCUUGUAGAGAUUAAUCUUGAUACUAAUCUUAUUUAUGGUUCAAUACCCCCACAAAUAGCAAAUCUUGUCAAUCUUACACUCUUGAACUUGUCUAGCAAUCUCUUGAAUGGCUCAAUACCUUCUGAACUAUGCCGAAUGGGACGACUAGAGAGGCUUUAUUUAUCGAAUAAUUCACUCUCCGGUCACAUUCCAUCAGCUUUUGGCAAUAUGCCCCAUUUAGGCCUUCUAGAUUUGUCGAGAAACAAGCUCUCUGGUACGAUCCCUGAUAGCUUUGCUAACCUCCUGCAGCUCAGAAGACUUCUGCUGUAUGAGAACCAGCUCUCGGGAACCAUUCCGCCGAGCCUUGGAAAAUGCACAAACCUGGAAAUUCUUGACCUUUCCUACAAUAAGAUUUCAGGGACAAUUCCAGGCGAAGUUGCUGGUUUGAGUAGUUUGAAGUUGUAUUUGAACUUAUCCAGCAAUUAUCUCCAUGGGCCUAUCCCAUUGGAGCUGAGCAAAAUGAAUAUGGUUCUAGCCAUUGAUCUAUCGUCGAACAAUCUGUCAGAUUCAUUGCCUUCACAACUUGGAAGCUGUAUUGCUCUAGAGUACCUCAAUUUAUCACACAAUGUUUUGGAAGGACAAUUUCCAGUAAAAAUAGGAAACUUACCAUACCUCAGAGAACUUGAUGUUUCCUUUAAUCGGUUAAGUGGGGAGAUCCCACAAUCUCUUCAGGCAUCAUCAACUCUGACACUGCUCAACUUUUCCUACAACAACUUCUAUGGAAACAUAACUAACAAGGGAGCAUUUUCAUCUCUAACAGUUAAUUCUUUCCUGGGAAACGAGGGGCUUUGUGGUUCCAUUAAGGGUCUGAAAGACUGCCACAAAAAACGGGCUCGCCACUUCUUGAUCGCAAUUCUCCUUUCAUUACUAAUCACUCCCAUUUUCUGUAUAGUGGGAUAUCCUCUAGUACUAAGAUCAAAGUUCAAAAGGCAAUUGCCAAUCUCUAAAGGUAAGGCCAUAAUUAAAGACGAGGGAGAAGCCAGAGAAGAGAUAAAAUACCCAAGAAUCUCUCGUCGACAGCUUAUUGAAGCUACCAGAGGAUUCAGCGGCUCAAGCCUAAUUGGAUCAGGCAGAUUUGGCCACGUUUACAAGGGAGUUCUUCGAGAUAACACAAGGAUAGCUGUUAAAGUGCUGCAUUCUAAAGCAGCUGGAGAAAUUUCAGGGAGCUUUAAGAGGGAAUGCCAAGUCUUGAAAAGAACCAGGCAUAGAAAUUUGAUCAGGAUCAUAACAACAUGCAGCAGACCAGAUUUUAAGGCCCUCGUUCUUCCCUUGAUGCCAAAUGGAAGCCUUGAGGAUCACCUUUAUCCUAGCCAUGGAUUAAAAAAUGGCCUGGAUCUCGUUCAGCUGGUGAGGAUUUGCAGUGAUGUUGCAGAAGGAAUGGCCUAUCUGCAUCACUAUUCUCCGGUCAAAGUGGUGCAUUGUGACCUUAAACCAAGCAAUAUUCUCCUCGACGAUGAUAUGACAGCUUUGGUCACUGAUUUUGGCAUUGCGAGACUGGUAAAAGGUGCGGAUGGUUUUCUGGAUGAUUCAGCAUCCUAUGGCUCUACAGAUGGCUUGCUAUGCGGCUCAGUUGGUUAUAUCGCUCCGGAAUAUGGAAUGGGAAAGCAUGCUUCACCACAAGGCGAUGUCUAUAGCUUUGGGGUUCUUUUAUUAGAGAUGGUAACAGGGAAACGCCCCACAGACGUACUUUUCCAAGAAGGUUCAAGCUCGCACGAAUGGGUUAAGAGUCGAUAUCCGAACAAGCUUGAGCCAAUUGUUGAAGAAGCCAUGGUGAGAUAUGCGCCACGUGCCCUGGUUCCUUACGACAGGAAGAUAUGGACCGACGUUAUCUUAGAACUGAUAGAACUCGGCCUAAUCUGCACGCAGUACAAUCCAUCCACCCGGCCAACUAUGCUGGAUGUAGCUCAUGAAAUCAGCCUUCUGAAGCAGUAUCUUUGUACUCCCUCAACCUUACUCAUUGAACAAUCUUCAACAAAUUAAGCGAUUGAUCAUUUUUCAACACCUUUAUGGGCAGCAGCGAGAACAUUCUGAUAGAUGAUUAUGCUUUUUCCCCUAUUCUUUCUUUUUUUUUUUUUUUCCAUCAGAAUUUCAAUACAAAUUUGAAACACAUUAAGAAAUUAAGGAAAAGAAAACAAACACAAUAUACAUAAUUUUGGGAAAAAUGCAAUUUACCUCACGAGAAAUGAGCAAAAAAACCCCAACCCACUUUAUUUUAAAAAAUGAAGCAAAUUUAUUUAAACCAUUUGACAGGCGA